AAAGGUGAUUAGAGAUUCUGUUGGACGACUAUCUUUCCUUCUACCAGCAAUAUUUUAUCUAUGGAUACUUUUCUUCGUCUCCUCAUCCAAAUAAUAUUCCUUUUUCUAAUACCAUUUAUCUCCAUAUAUCUGUGCUUUUUCAAACAGAGGAGGCUAAAACUUCCUCCUGGUCCUAUGAGGCUACCCAUCAUUGGAAACCUCCACCAGUUGCUAGGCAACUCAUUGCCCCAUCAAACAUUAGGGCGACUUUCUCACCAAUAUGGACCACUCAUGUUUUUGCAACUCGGGUGCAUACCAACUCUGGUGGUCUCAUCUGCUGAAGUGGCUAAAGAAAUCUUCAAAACUCAUGAUAUUAUCUUCUCUGGAAGACCGGUCUUGUACGCUGCUAAAAAGAUCGGCUACAACGGUUCCGCUGUCGCAUUUGCUCCUUAUGGCGAUUACUGGCGCGAGAUGAGAAAGAUUGUUAUCUUAGAACUUCUUGGUCAAAAGAGAGUUCGGGCUUUUCAGGCUGUGAGGGAAGAAGAGGUCAGAACUUUCAUUAAUACUAUAACUAGUACGGCUACUUCUUUGAAUUCUGGUAUCGUUAAUCUUAGCGAACUCACACUUACUUUGGCGAAUAACGUUGUUUGUGGAGUUGCUUUUGGAAAGAAGUACAGUGGCUCUGAUGAUCGUGAAAAUGGGAGGAGUAGAUUUCGUGAGUUACUUCAUGAAACGCAGAAUGUACUUGGUGGGUUUUGCAUGGCUGACUUUUAUCCAGGGUGGUUGACUUGGGUUAACAAGUUCAAUGGUCUUGAACGAAGGGUUAACAAGUGUUUUAAAGACUUGGAUAACUUUUAUGAUGAAGUAAUUGAAGAGCAUCAUCAUUUUGAUCCAGGUCAAACCAAACAUGAAGAUGUUGUUGAUGUUCUACUUCAACUUCAGAAUGAUCCAAACCAAGCCUUAAAAAUCAACAACGACCAAAUCAAGGGUGUUAUAGCUGACUUAUUCAAUGCUGGGACUGAUACAACAUCAGCAGCACUAGUAUGGAUAGUGGCAGAGCUGAUUCUGAAUCCAAAAGCCAUGAAAAGAGCACAAGAAGAGGUGAGAGAAGUGGCCAAAGGAAAAGGGUUGGUAGAGGAAAGCCAACUUUCGAAACUGAGCUACAUAAAAUUAGUCAUCAAAGAAGGGUUCAGGCUCCACCCACCAAUUCCAUUACUAAUUCCAAGAGAAACGACAGAGUUUUGCAAAGUAAAAGGGUACGACAUUCCAUUAGGAACAAGGGUUUUUGUCAACGCAGGAGCGAUCGGAAGGGACUUGACGUACUGGGAGAAGCCAAACGAGUUCUGGCCCGAAAGAUUCAUAGAUAGCUCAAUUGACUAUAGAGGAAAACAUUUUGAGUUGUUGCCGUUUGGAGUUGGAAGGAGAGGGUGUCCUGGGAUUAACUUUGCUGUGGUGCUGAUUGAGCUUGCACUUGCUAAUCUAUUGUGUCGUUUUGAUUGGGAGCUUCCCAAUGGAAUGAACAGAGAGGAUUUGGAUAUGGAUGAAGUAUUUGGUCUGACUAUGAAUAAGAAAAUUCCUCUAUGCCUAGUUGCUAAGGUGGUUAAUGCUUGAGUACAAAGAUAAGAACUAAUAUUUCGUACAUGUCACCAUCUUCACAAGAUUCUGAUCAAUUGGCUUAUUCUGUUUAGUUAGGAAAAGAAAACCAGUUAUAUAAUGCUAUGAAAAUAGUACUAGCCUUGCCGUGUAUGUUUGCAAUUAUUUUUAAUUGACUAUUGUGAUUGCAAGUUGUUUUUGUCUGGUCGAA